UUUGUCCGUUUAAAAUCACUGAAUAAGACUGAGAAACCUACUAAGCCAACGCUACAGGACGACCCAGCCGGCAAACAAAGUGGUGCCGCCUCGUUUACAGCAGGACGCAAACCCCCGCAAGCUCGAGAGAACGCAAUUCAUUGACCAAAGAAAAACAAAUCAAAACAAAGCGACAACAGCGCUCGAUUCACAAGCACGAGAGCAGCGAUCAUCUGGCUCGACACACGCUGUUGGAGAAGGACGGCGAGCGAGCGAGCGCGCGCGCGCGCGCGCGCACCCAGUGCGGCAUUAUUUCAGGCGGCAUCGCAGCCGUGCGACGCCUCAGUCGACCGACAGACUGCACCAGAUGCUGAUCGCGGCGUGGUCGCACUACACAGAGAGAGAGAGAUCGAGAGGAUAGAGACAGAGAGAGAGAGAGAGAGAGAGAGAGAGAGAUCGCAAAACAGAAAGUGCAGUGUUGCGGAAGGUAGGCGCGCGCGCGCGCGCACAUUGUGAGAGCAAUUUGGCAACAGAAUUCAGGGAAAAGAAGGAAAAGCGGUGAAAAUCCUCAAGGACCGUGGCGGGGGUGACCAAACAACAAACAAGAAAGCGUCAACAAAUCGGUUUAAUGUUUUAAAAGCGUGUGAAACGUGUCCGCGUUUUUUUUUUUUUUGAGGAGGGAAUUUUUCGUGCAAAGUUCCUUGCUCCCAAAAAAAAAAAAAAAUUAUUAUAAUUUCCCCCCCCCAAGUGACCGUGAUCUUGAAUUGCUGGCUUGAUUAACGCAUCAACUGGCGUUGGAGUCAACCGACCCAGCAGAGGCCCCCGCGAGUGCUGGUUUGUGGCUGGUGUUUCGUUUGUGGAAAACUCUGCACCGCCUGAAUCAACAAUCAACCUGCUGUACAAUCAAACUUGCCGUCUGUCUGUGCGGCCUUUGCCCACACGAGGAUACGCCGCAAACCACGGCAGGUCUUGUCAACAACAGCAACAACAGCAAAAGUGCGCAAAAUCGGCACGACCGGGCAAGAUUCGCACGCUCGCACGUUCGGCCUGGUGGCCAGUGACAUUUCUAUUAAUAGUGAAAAUUCUUGCAAACACAAACACACCCCGCUGCCGACCCGGUUUCAACCAAAACAAUCGGUGUACAAAAGCAAAACACAGCACGAAAAUAAUCGUUGCGUGCGUAAAGCAAUCGCCGUGGUGCGUUUUCGGUGUGCAGACCGCAGGCGCAAAGACGCAAAGAACGCUGUGCCUAGCCGCGCAGGUCGCAGGUGAGAAAGGACUUUCCCCCGUGCGCUAAGGCAGGACCCCUUCCACCUCCCGCCCCUCUCAAACUGGGAAUUUAAUAGAACCUCGCCGCUGACCCCACGGAGGAUGGAGCGGACCGAGCUGUUGCUGGCAGAGAUGACCGAAGGGAGCAGCAGCAGCACGGUACAGGCGGCGUCGGCGGCCUACACCGCCAAGCUGAUCGGGCGUGCAGAAAGCGAAGUGCCGAUGGUGUCGAUGGAUGGUGAGGCCCACCCGAACAUGACGCUGGCCGCCGUCGGGCUCGGUGCACUGGUCGCACUCAUCAUACUGCUCACGCUGAUCGCCUUCAUAACGCGCCGCGAGCGAAGUGCGCAAAGCAAGGACCCUGCCGGGCAAGGACCCGGAACGCCCGCUCCAGUGCCGACCGGCGGAACCCGACCCAAGCGACCCGACACGACACCGAGCCUGGCUGCUGCCAAGUUUCCCCCGGUGGGACCUGGUCCCGCGCCACGCUGCGUAACGUUUGCGAACGAUUUCGAGCUGGUAGACGUAGUGGUAACGCGAAUGUGAACGCAAUGCGAACAGGAAGCCUUCCCGCCGAAGGCACUGUCGUUGUUUUGUUGUUGUUGUUUUUAUUGUGUAUAGAGACUGCUUUGUAACACGGCUACAGAGCUGCUAGGUGUAGGUAAGGGAAUGUGUGCAGGGGGGGAAAGCAACGGGUGCAACCUUUUAGGGCGUAGCUUUAAGUGAGUUUUGCGUGCGGAGAUGUAACGAGUGCACUUAGAUGUUGUUAGAAUUAGUGGACUGGGUCGUCCUGAAGUGGUUCGGCAUUGGUAGAUUCGGUGGCGCGCGUGUGUGUGGUAGCUUCGCAAGUUCUAAGUGACAAGGGUUCUACAACGAUCUUCGACUAUUGGUGGCACACUUUCUGCCCUCUUUCCGACUCCCGUGUCUUGCAAUGACAGCGCCAUCUCGAAUGUCACGAUGCUGUCAUUGCAAGAAACGGUGCGAAGUGAUACUAGUUUGGUGCGAUAAUGAUGCUCUUGUUGCAUCUUCAGGGUCGUGAAAUGUGGAUUUAGAUGAACAUUGACACUCCAAUACGGGUGACACCUUAAUCCACAUCAACAUCCCACGCAAGAUUCAGCAAGAUCUUCCUCACCAUCGUCAUCAAACGCAUCACACUCACACUACAUCCGCAAAAGGUGCAGAAAGUGUGCCUCCACCGUCCGGAACUCGGACACCGGCAACUCCUGUAAAACCACUGCUGGCACUGGGCCAGUGCAGGGGCGGUGGCACAUCACAGCACAGCCUUAUGCAACGAUCGCGCGUCAGAUGCGUCCCAGCACCAUCGCCAGCAGGGCCAUGCGCACGUACAUUCCAUACUCGGCCUGGCGGAAGUAGGCCGCCCGCGGAUCGCUGUCAAUCUCCACGCUGAUCUCGAAGACGCGCGGCAACGGGUGCAUCACGAUCAUGCGUCGCUUCGCGAGCGUCAUUAUCUGGGGCGUUAGGAUCAGCUGUCCGCAGCACUGCAAGGAAGCCAAACAGAGGGGGGUUUUAGCAGACUAGGAAAUAUGCAUGAGGGAGAGAGAGAGAGAGAGAGAGAGAGAAACAGCUAACCUUCUCGUACUCCUGCUCGCUCUCGAACCGCUCGCGCUGGAUGCGCGUCAUGUACAGCACGUCCGUGUCGGCGAUCGCGGACUCGAGCGUGUCGAACUGGCGCUGCGAGAUGCCCUUCCGGUCGACGUACUCGCGGAUGUGGGCCGGCAUCUCCAGCCCGGGCGGGCAGACGUACCGCACGUUCACGUUGUACAUCGUGAGCAGCCGGGCGAGCGAGUGAACCGUCCGGCCGUGCUUCAGGUCGCCCGCCAUCGUGAUCGUCAGCCCGUUCACCGUGCCGAUCUCCUCGCGUAUCGUGAAGAUGUCCAGCAGGGCCUGGGUCGGAUGCUCGCCGACGCCGUCGCCCGCGUUUAUCAGCGGCUUGCGGCAGUGCUGGGCAGCGCGCUGGAAAUAAAAGUAUAACACAGUACGAAAAUACAAACAAACAGCAAUUGUUAUUGAUUCUCGCUCGCUGCUUUGGCGCUCUGCUGAACGGUUCUAGUGGUGGGAGGAUUCCCAAUCGAAUUAAUUCAGAAUGAAUAAGAAAGGUAAGAUCUGAGUUAAAUCACUCAUCAGGUAGUAACUCUUAAACGAGUCAUUUAACCAGCGAACAAUUUCGAUUCACUGACACUGAGUUACUAGUUGAAGCGAAGAGAUGAAUCACAAAUCAUUUCAAAAUCAGCAUCAGUUGAAACAUAAAUGCGACAAGUAGGCGCCGAAAGUUAAAUCACUGAUCGAUGGAAAGGAUUUUUUAACUAAAAAAAUGUAAUUCACCACAAUGAGCUACGAUUCGGUAAUAUGGGGAUAAUUAUUAAUCGAGUUCUAACUUUCAACAGAGUGAAUCGACUCACGAGCUAUAUAAUUCACACACAGUGAGUUGUUGUUCCCACUCUUUGAGCUUGAACUCUGGAAAAACCUUAAUUUCCGAACGAUUGAGUCAAUAUAAAUGAAUUACUAAACGGAA